AAGGUUGGCGGUGGCAGAAGGCACGAUGCCGUACGAGGGUUUUUCAUUUCCCCUUUUGUGCGGUGUUUGUUUCUUGUUGAUUUGUGAGAGCAGGUGGUGGUGGAGCUGAAGAGUGAGUGUGAAGAAAGAUGUCGUCGACGCUUCUGGAAGUGACACGUGCCUCGCACGAGGAAGUGGAACGGUUGGAAAGGGUGAUAGUGAAGGACCUUCAGAAUGAGCCAACUUCCAAUAAAGACCGCUUGUUUCAGAGCCACCGCGUUCGGAACAUGAUUGACACCAUUACUUCCACCACACACAAGCUUAUUGAGAUAUAUGAGGAUAAUGACAAUGCCAGGAAGGACGAGAUUGCUGCACUCGGAGGUCAAACUGCUACUGGAGUCAACAAUGUAUUUAGUGCGUUCUAUGAUCGUCUCAAAGAGAUACGAGAGUAUCACAGGAAGCACCCGGUUGCCCGGGUUGUUGAUGCUAAUGAUGAUUAUGAAGCACUCCUUAAAGAAGAACCUCAAAUUGAGUUUAGUGGAGAGGAAGCUUUUGGCCGAUACUUAGAUAUGCAUGAGCUGUACCAUCAAUAUAUCAAUUCAAAAUUUGGAGAGCCAAUUGAGUAUUCUGCGUAUCUUGAUAUUUUCCCAGAGGCAGACAAGAUUCCACGCAAGAAGAAAAUGACAAGGCAGUACAGAGAAUAUAUGGAGAAUCUUUUGGAGUAUCUUUUGUAUUUUUUCCAGCGGACAGAGCCCCUGCAAGAUGUUGAUCGAAUUUUCUCGAAGGUAACAACUGAAUUUGAAGAAAAUUGGGCUGCUGGAAAGGUACACGGAUGGGAGAAUGAAAAUCAGGAGAAUGGACACGCACCUGCUCAGCAUGCUGCACUUGAUCUUGAUUAUUACAGUACAGUUGAAGAGCUGAUGGAAGUGGGUCCUGAAAGGUUAAAGGAGGGACUUGCAGCAUUAGGACUUAAGACUGGUGGCACCAUUCAGCAACGUGCAGAGAGACUCUUCCUCACAAAGCACACACCUCUUGAAAAACUGGACAAGAAGCAUUUCGCUAAGGGAGCACGUGCUUCAGAGAAAAAAGGGGUUGCUCCAGUUCCACAAGAAGAUGCAAAUUCAAAAGAAAUUGCAUUAAUGGAGGCCAAAAUGAAGAAGCUGUGUGAUUUGUUAGAAGAGACUAUUGCCCGAACAAAAGACAAUGUCGUAAAGAAGCAAGCGCUGACGUAUGAAGAAAUUGAAGCAGAACGUGAGGAGGAAGAGACACAAGAGGACACUGAAAGUGAAGAUGAGGAGCAGCAGAUAUAUAAUCCCCUAAAGUUGCCAAUGGGAUGGGAUGGGAAGCCCAUACCUUACUGGUUGUACAAGUUGCAUGGUCUUGGUCAGGAAUUUAAGUGUGAGAUAUGUGGGAACUACAGUUACUGGGGGCGUCGGGCUUUUGAACGUCAUUUUAAAGAGUGGCGCCAUCAGCAUGGCAUGCGAUGCCUUGGUAUACCAAAUACCAAAAAUUUCAAUGAGAUCACAUCAAUUGAGGAAGCAAAGGAACUUUGGAAGAAGAUACAGCAAAGACAAGGAGUGAACAAGUGGCGCCCAGAUUUGGAAGAAGAGUACGAAGACAAGGAAGGGAACAUCUAUAAUAAGAAGACUUACACUGAUUUACAGCGACAGGGACUCAUAUGAAGAGAAAGAAGCUUUGACAUUCCUUUGGUGCUGGCUCUGAGAAGCCAAAACAACUGUAUUUUUUGUCAAGUUAAUAGGCCAAUAUUUGUAGCUGAAUCAAAUUGUUCACUAGCAGAGAGUAGAAUGGGGGUAAACAAGGAUCAUUUUCUAGCGGAUUGGGUUACACUUUCAUAAGUUUUGAUCGUUAGUCUGACCAGAAGGUUGUAACAGUGUGUUCUCUACUUCUCUUUGGUGCUAUUAAAUAUCUCUUAGUUUGUUGUA